UUUGCAAGAAAAAUUAAACACUCAUUUGAUGUAACAGGAGACAAAGCAGGCAACACAUCUAAUUCUCUUGGCUCUAGCGUUACCCCAGUGACUGUAGCUCAAAUUCCUGGACUAAACACACUUGGUAUUGCACUGGCUCGCUUGGACUAUGCUCCAUGGGGUCUUAUUCCACUACAUUUUCAUCCUCGUGCUACCGAAGUUUUAACAGUCCUAGAAGGCAGCCUCUACGUUGGUUUUGUGACCUCUAAUCCCAACAACCAGUAUACAAAGGUCCUUCAGAAGGGUGAUGUUGUCUUUCCAGUUGGACUCAUUCACUUCCAGCAAAAUGUGGGUCAAGGAAAGGCCAUCUCUAUCUCUGCCUUGAGUAGCCAAAACCCUGGAAUCAUUACUGUUGCUAAUGCCGUUUUCGGAUCAAAACCAUCCAUUGCAGAUGAUAUUCUGUCCAUGGCUUUCCAGGUGGACAAGUCUGUAAUUGAUUAUCUUCAAGUAAAAUUCUAGCCGAGCAGAAUACUAUGAAGCUCUAAGCCAUCAUAUUACUAGGUGAGUGUUUUCAUUAUGCUAAUGUUAUAUCACACAAAUUUAUUUUCUAAGGUUGUACUAGGAUUUUCAUUGAUUAAGGUUGCAUGAUAUGUCACCUACAAUUUCUAUAAUAUAUGGAUUAUAUUUUUAACUAAAUAUCAUUCUUUUCUCUGUAGCUUGAUGCAUGUAACUGUCUUGACAAUAUGAAAAGAGUAAUUGUCAACCACUGGGCCUUGUAGCUCGGUGGUACCCGGUACCAUGUGUAUCUUUGAGCUCAGGUUUUCUAUCCCCCAUAAUUAUCUAGCAAAAAAAAAAAAAAAAAAAGUAAUUGUUAAUGCACACACCUUAUUGCAAACACUGUACACAACUUAUUUCUUGAACUAAAAUUGUGACUUGAAUUCACGAUUUCAAUUCAAAAAAUGAAAUGUGUGUAAUAAACAAUACUCCUAUGAAAAUGUUCUGAAAGCAAGCUUACACUUUUGUUCUAAUUUGAGUGUUCUACUUUACAUGAUACCAAUCUAACUUGCUACACAUCUUUUCUAAGUAAUGGAAAAAAAAAA